AUGAAAGCUAAAUAUUUAUCCUCAUAUCAUUCUCAAACAACAAGCACAGAAACAGAUCCUUAUUCUAUGAUUGGCGAUCCAGACCUCGCACUUGAAUCUCAUCGUAAGAGAAUAAGAAAAAGGCAAUUUGAAUCUUUUGACUUUGACAUUCCAAGUGAAAGCCCAACCUCAGAACUAAUAACUUCAGUAGCUGAAUAUAAAGAUUUGAAUAAUAAACUUGCGAAUAUUGAAAACAGAAUAAAAUUUCUACAAAGAAAAGAAAUUAGAGGUAAAAAGGAAGAGGAAAAACAGAAGCAGAAAGAAAAAGCUGAGCUGGCAGCUCAAAUUCGACUGCUGGAGGAAAAAGAAAGAAAAAUGAUAAAUAAAAUAAAAUUAACAGAGGAUCAAGAAUUUCAAAGAAAAGCUAUAGGAAAUGCAAAAAGAAAUAGAGAAAACAUUUUAAAGCAAAAAAGAUUAAUGCUAGAAGCUAGAAAUAGAAAAUUUGCGAGAAAAAUAAAAGAAGAGAAUGCAAGAUUAAAAAAAUUGAGAUCAGAAUCUACACAGCCAAUUUCAUCUUCUCCAAUUCACAGAUCAUCAGACUUUCCUGCAAGAACGAAAGAAAUACUGCAGGAGCUGCAGAAAAGCAAAGCCACAAAUAGGGUUAUGCAAAAAAUUGAGGAAACGAAGAAGCUUUCUAUUGAAAUUAAAGAUAGAAUUAAAAAUUUAGAAGCAAAAGAAGAGUCCCUCCUAUAUAGCUUAAAAAGCUCCUUUGCUCAUCAUUUACCUGAACUUAGACUUAUUUCUAGGCUCAGCAGAAGUUUUGAUUCCUCUCCAUUCGCCAAUUCAGCAGAAAGCAGGUAA